CGGCUGGGAUGGCGAGGGCGCCGGCGCUGCUGCUGCUGCUGCUGGUGGCGGCGGCGAUGAUCUCGGCCUCGGCGGCGCCCCCCCAGGUGGCCCGCCUCUCGCGCCCCUUCGCCGAGGUGGAUCAGAUGGUGCAACGCUUUUCCCACAAGACGACUUCCAACUACAGCGUGUUCCUGGUUGAUGCUGCCUCCCGUACGCUCUACGUGGGAGCCAAGGAUGCCGUCUUUGCCCUGCCUUUGGGCAGCAUCAGCCACGGAAGCAGGAUGGUCCCUUGGGAUGUUCUGCAGAGCUCUCGCAGUUCCUGCAAGAUGAAAGGCAAGAAGGAGGCAAGUUGCCACAACUUUGUCCGGAUCCUGGAGUUUGCCAACAGAACCCACCUCUUUGCCUGCGGGACUUUUGCCUUCGACCCGCAGUGUGGCUUCAUUAAAGUGAGCGAUUUCCACAGCGUGGAGGGCCUGGAGAGCGGGCGAGGGAAAUGCCCCUUUGAGCCUCUGCAGCCAUCUGCAGCCGUCAUGGCAGAUGGGGCCCUGUAUGCGGCCACAGUCAACAACUUCCUGGGGACAGACCCGAUCAUCUCCAGAGCCACGGGAAGCCCCUCAGAGCUCAUCCGGACAGACACUUCGGUGGCGUGGCUGAAUGAUCCGGAAUUCGUGGCCUCGGCCUUCGUCCGGGAGAGCAGGAUUGGGGAUGACGACAAGAUCUACUUCUUCUUCACGGAGACGGCUCGGGAGUAUGACUUCUAUGAGAAAGUCAAGGUGGCUCGCGUUGCCAGAGUCUGCAAGGGGGACUUGGGAGGCCAGAAGACCCUGCAGAAGAGGUGGACCACCUUCUUGAAGACUCGGCUGGUCUGCUCGGAUCCAGAGACCGGAACAGUCUUCAACGUCCUUAAAGACGUGGUCACUCUGCCCUCCGCCAACUGGACAGACACCAUCUUCUAUGGAGUCUUUGUCGCUCAAAGGAACGAGGGAGCGGGCUCUGCCGUGUGCGCCUAUAGCCUGGAGGGUGUCCAGAGAGCCAUGGACGGCCACUUCAAGGAGGUGAAGAGGGACUGUGACAAGAGGGGUCAGGAGGAAGUUCCUUACCCACGGCCGGGGGCAUGCAUCACCCACAGCCUGAAGCAGGCCGGCUUUGGGUCCUCGCUGGCCCUCCCAGACCGAGUUCUGACGUUCGUCCGUGACCACCCGCUCAUGGACCAGCCGGCCUCCCCGCUGGAGAACAGGCCUGUGCUCGUGAAGGCAGGGGCGCAGUACCGCCGGCUGGCAGUGCACCGGGUGCGAGCACUCUCUGGGCAGGAGCACGAUGUCCUGUACCUGGGGACAGAGGAUGGCCACGUGCACAAGGCUGUGAAGACGGGCCCUGUUGCUGCCCUCACGGAGGACUUGACACUGUUCCCAGAGCGCCAGCCAGUCCGGAACCUGCUCAUCCACCAGAACUGGCUGUACGUGGCUUCAGACCGCGAAGUGACCCAGAUCAGCACCUCUGCCUGUGCCAAGUAUGGGACCUGCUCGGACUGCCUCAUGGCCCAAGACCCGGCCUGUGCCUGGAGCAAGGAGCUGGGGGCCUGCAGGAACCACCAGGGACACCCCGGGCUGCUCCAGGAUCUCCAGGCAGCAACGGUGCUGCGCCUCUGCUCUCCGGAGAAGGAAGAGGCGCCCCCCAUGGUUGAAGUGCCAGCCCCCAUGGCUGCCCGCGUGGUCUUGCCCUGCCCCCCUCCCUCCGCAUGGGCCACCUGUGAGUGGCAGAGGCCCUUCCGGGAGGCCGCCCUCUUUGUCCUGCGGGACGAUGGACUGGAGGUGACCGUGACGGAGGCCACGCUGGGCGAAUACACCUGCCGCUGCGCAGAGGCCGGCGUGAACAGCACGGUGGCUUCCUACAGUCUGGUGAACGCGGCCCGGAGCGGCCCCAGCGCCUCCCGGUCGGCUGAGCGCAGCUACAGUGUCCUGGUGGGGGUUUUCUGUUUCGUCUUGGGCGUCGUCGUCAGCAGCGGCUGCCUCCUCCUGCACGAGCGGAGGAGGCGGGAGCACCUGCAGCGAGAGCUGCUCUGUCGGGAGCGCAACGGGCUGGACCUGCUGCAGUCCACCACCACCAGCUGCAGCCACGAGCCCCAGACUCCCAGCUCCCCGGAGGACGAGCGCCACCCGCUGGCCACGGCCAAGAAGAACGGCGGCCUCAACGGCUACCCCCACCUCUACAUCAACGAGCUGGAGACGGAUCAGGCCCGCAUCUACCUGACUGGGGUCCCCCUGGCCAAGUGUGACGAGACCUCCAUCUAGCCGCGGAGGCCCUGUGCUUGUGCGAGUGCCGGGGCCUGCCCCUGGAGGCGGCUGCUGUUGCUGCUGCCAGGCCCUCGGCUGGAGCAUGGGGGCGCUGUGGGGCUCCAGUGGCAGUAGGUAGCCCCAGCCAAAGAUGAUGACGACGGGCCUUGCGGAGUGGGCCGGAGGGAGGACUUCCAGCGCUGGCCCUGCUAGGUGCUUCCGGGCUCCACAGAGAACCGAGGGGCUUUGGGGCAGGCGCCGGAGCCGCUCUGGGAGAGUGACAGUGGACCGUGUUGUGUGUUUGGGCUGCCUCUCGCCCUCCCCUCAUGGCACUCUUUGGGCAUGUUGUGCUGCCCUUCCAAAGAGCAGGCAGCUGAGACCUCCAUGAGACCCCUCUGCCCCUGGACCCCCACUUGGCUGCUAAGGGCACCGGAGCCACAGAGCUGCCCACCCACCUCGGCCCCCUCCCCGUGGCCAUUCUGCUGCCUCUUGCCUGGCUUGUUCAGAAGACUUGUAAAUGUGAAGGAGCGUGUGCAGAUGGGAGUCUCCCAUCCCCAGCAGGUGGAGAUCUCUUGGAAAGCUCCCCCCCCCCAGUGUUACCUCCUGCUUUGGACAGAGGCCGUGUCUGCGGUCUGCCGCCCCCCCCCCACCGCCUGCCCUCUAGUGCACUGGCUGUUCCCCCCUCCCCCCCUCGUGCUGGCAGCCCCCAGAAUGAGAUGCAGGGUUGGGGCGGGGGGGAGACUUUUCUGUGAAACGGGUCUUGUGUCCUCUUCGUGUGGAAUUUUUGUUGUUGUACUACUACAUUUUGCGACUUAUUAAAAAAAAAUAAAGCUGAGGAGC